AUGGAGAGCAGUAGUACCACUAAAGUAUUGUUUAUUCUCAUUUUCUUCCUCGUAGCAUUUCUUGUAAGAACUAAAGGAAGAAAUGAAGUGCCAUUGAAAAAUGAGAACUGCCAAACUCAGCAUUUCUUGGGUGGGCCUUUUGUUGGAUGCCCUUCCUAUGCGCCGAGGUUUGGAUUCACAUGUUGUAUUUUCAUUCCUAUUGGGCCUAAUCCUAGUGGACCUAAUCCUGGUGGUCCUAAUCAUGGUGGUCCUAAUCCUGGAGGACCUAAUCCUAAUGGCCCUAAUCCUAGCGAACCUAAUCCUGGUGGAUCAUAUCCUGGCGGGUCAUUUGGCUUUGGUCUUGGAGGAGGCAAUCCUAGUCUUGGAGGACCCAAUCCUGGCAGGCCUAAUCCUAGUAGAUCGUAUGGCUUUGGUCCUAGAGGAGGUAAUCCUGGUUCUGGAGGAAUCCCAACCCUUGGUGGGCCUAAUCUUGAAGGACCCAAUCCUGGGGGACCUAAUCCUGGCAGAUCGUAUGGCUUUGGUCCUGGAGGAGGCAUUCCUGGUUCUAGAGGAAUCCCAAACCCUGGUGGACCCAACCCUAGUGGGCCUAAUCCUGGAGAACCCAAUCCUAGUGGACCUAGUCCUAGUGGACCUAGUCCUGGUGGAUCGUAUGUCUUUGGUCCUAGAGGAGGCAUUUCUGGUUCUAAAGAAAUCCCAAAACCCUGGUGA